CUCCUGGGCAGCAGAGCUUGUGCCCACAUGGCAGCAGCUGCCUGGGCCUCUGGGUUUCUCAAUGCUCUGCUGCACACAGCCAAUACAUUUUCCCUGCCCCUGUGCCAGGGCAAUGCCCUGGGCCAGUUCUUCUGUGAAAUCCCACACAUCCUCAAGCUCUCCUGCUCACAUUCAGGCUACCUCAGGAAAAUUGGGCUCACUGGGAUUAGUGCCUUUUUAGCAUUUGGUUGUUUCAUUUUCAUUGUUUUCUCCUAUAUGCAGAUCUUCAGGGCUGUGCUGAGGAUCCCCUCAGAGCAGGGACGGCACAAAGCCUUUUCCACGUGCCUCCCUCACCUGGCUGUGGUCUCCCUGUUCCUCAGCACUGCAGUGUUUGCCCACCUCAAGCCCCCCUCCAUGUCCUCCCCAUCCCUGGAUCUGUCCCUAUCAGUUCUGUACACGGUGGUGCCUCAAACACUCAACCCCCUCAUCUACAGCCUGAGGAACCAGGAGCUCAGAGAUGCCAUAAGAAAAAUGAUGACUGGAUG